AGCCUUUCCCGUUAUUGCUGUCGUGGUGACAUAGUGCUUGCGGGUGCGUGCAAUCGUGCGAUGAUUUUACUGGAGUCCACGGAGUUAGAUAGAAAUACUUUCCUCAAUAUUGAGGUGUGUUAUGAUUAGCCGAGUGACAGAAUAGUGGAGGGCGGCAAAAAACGGUGAUGGGUGUCCCAAAAAGGAUAUUUAUCGCAACCGUGAGCGAAGACCUAGCAACGUCGUCACCAGGAUUACCGAGGAAUUGGGAUCGUCCAGAAGAAGUGGCCGUCAUGGAUGUGGUCACCACAGCCCCGGUGAGAAAGCGGCAACGUUUGGACCAUCUCACGCGGGAAGAGAAGAUGUUAAGACGAAAGAUGAAGAACCGUGUGGCAGCCCAGUGCGCCCGGGACAGGAAAAAGGCUCGCAUGGACGAGUUGGAGAUCGUCGUGAUGACGUUGCAGGCAGAGAAAGAGGCCCUGGCGGAGGAGAACGCUGCCCUUAAGCAGCGCCUGGAGCAAAGUGAGGCCGAGAACGAGCGUCUGAGGGAGAGGAUUGGAAACACCAGUAGCAGUUCCAUUGAGCAUGCUUCGCUUAUUAGUGAACCUCUGCAGAAGGAUCAGGUUCAGCUACUGGCACUUUCACUCUGGAUGAUGCGGUCAGGCUUUUUACAUCUGAUGACGAGCCUGAUGACCUAUUUGCUAUGCUACAAGAGUGCAGCGAAAACCUUCUCGGAUUUGCCCCCGCAUCAGUGGGUACGUCAGUGGGAGGAGUGCCACAGACAAGUGAGCAAAGUGGAGCCAGCAAUGCGUUGGUGGGGCCCUCACCAAAGGAACUGGUCUCCCUCAAAGAGGUGAUCGACAUUGACCACGUGUACUCCAGGAAGGAGGAGCACACGGGCGGCCUCCCCACCUGUGUGGCAGCAACAGUUAAACAGGAAACACCGGUUCCCAGCCCAGCAGCCAGCAUAGAGACUGGUUAUGACUCUGCACAUUCCCCACUGAGCGAUUCCAACACUGAUGAACCUCUUCUGGAUGCGAGCCUGUGGGACGACCCUCUCACGGAGCUCUUCCCUUCGCUGGCAUGAUUGCACACAUCCUGCUACUGUACAUAGUGUAAUAUAUUUCUUAACUUUGCUGCCACAUUUGUGGAAAAAAAUAAAGGUUGCCUAUGUGUUGCCAAAUGUU